AGUUCCCUUGCUCCAGCCGCCGCCGCCGCCGCCUCCGCCGCCUGUGUAGUUGCACCCGCGGCCGUCUCCCGCCAGCUCGCUCCGGGGAGAGAGUGCGCGCGCGAGCCCGGGCGUCCCCGCCCCAGCCUUUCCCGGAGCCAUGAAUCCCAAUUGCGCUCGGUGCGGCAAGAUCGUGUACCCCACGGAGAAGGUGAACUGUCUGGAUAAGUUCUGGCAUAAAGCAUGCUUCCAUUGCGAGACCUGCAAGAUGACACUCAACAUGAAGAACUACAAGGGCUACGAGAAGAAGCCCUACUGCAACGCACACUACCCCAAGCAGUCCUUCACCAUGGUGGCCGACACCCCUGAAAACCUCCGCCUCAAGCAACAGAGCGAGCUGCAGAGUCAGGUGCGCUACAAGGAGGAGUUCGAGAAGAACAAGGGCAAGGGCUUCAGCGUGGUGGCAGACACCCCGGAACUCCAGAGGAUCAAGAAGACCCAGGACCAGAUCAGUAAUAUAAAAUACCACGAGGAGUUUGAGAAGAGCCGCAUGGGCCCCAGUGGGGGUGAGGGCAUGGAGCCGGAGCGCCGAGAUUCCCCGGACAGCACCAGCUACCGGAGACCCCAGGAGCAGCAGCCUCACCACAUCCCGACCGGCGCCCCCGUUUACCAGCAGCCCCAGCAGCAGCAGGUGGCCCCAUCCUAUGGGGGCUACAAGGAGCCUGCAGCCCCAGUCUCCACACAGCGCAGCGCCCCAGGCGGGGGCGGGAAGCGGUACCGCGCUGUCUACGACUACAGCGCCGCGGACGAGGACGAGGUCUCCUUCCAGGACGGGGACACCAUCGUCAACGUGCAGCAGAUCGACGACGGCUGGAUGUACGGGACCGUGGAGCGCACCGGGGACACGGGGAUGCUGCCGGCCAACUACGUGGAGGCCAUCUGAGCCCGCCGGGCCCGCCCCGCCCCACCCCAUCCUUCAGCGCAUUCCACCGCAUCGCAUCGCAUCGCAUCCGCAUCCGUCCUGGGCGUGACCUGUCCACCCGUCAGUGUGUCUGUGUUGUUAAAUCUGCGACAGCUUGUUUCUCCCCAGCCUCCUCCUGCUUCCUUUGCCAGCUGCAGCCUUGUUCUGCCACUUCCUCGGGCUCCUUCCUCGGCAGGUUUUCCCCUGGACCGACUUCUCGGUUUUCUCUCUGGUGGAACAGGAGCGGACCUUCUGCGGGGGGCCCAGGCCCCUGGGCUGGGCUGGAAUGGGAGGUCCAUCGGCUCCCAGGCCUUUUUCGGCCCCCUCAGACCCUCCUGCCCACCUCCUCACACACCCGAACAUUCCAGGGCUGGGGUGAGCCCCAGGCCCCCAGGACUCCGGGGGAGGGGCUCCCUGCAUUCCCAGGAGUGGACUGCCACGGUGUGGGCACCAGUAAGAGGGCUUUGCUUCUCAAAGAUGGGGCUGCUGGCCCUCGGGGGGGGGGGGGGUCCCCUCACCACCCUCUCUUUUCUCAAAGGAGGGUGAAGCUCCCGCCUUGGGGUUCACUCAUCCUCCCCACACGUGUUCUCCUCACACUGUGAUUUUGCUCUCCUGCCCACGGAGACCGGUGUGGGCUAGGAGCUCCCUAGGAAGCACGGCUGGGGUCACGUUCUGGCCUUUCUUACGUUUAGGGACAGCUGCAGGAAGAGGGGGACCGGCUGUUCUCUCCAGAGCCCCUUUUCUCUGCACCCCCCCAACCCCCAGGAACCCUGGCUCGCCUCCUUGGCUGGAAGCCGAGGUCCUGACAGGUGGGGCGAGGAAGCCUCUUGGCCGUGGAGGCUCAGCGCCCUGCGAUCUGGGCUGGGUGGGCCACUCCUCCCUCCUCCUCCGGGGAAGAUGGCCCCCUCCCCACCCGCCCCCACGUGCAUGGAACUGUGCAAAGCCACGGGACCCUCUGUGUCUCCAGGACGUAGCGUGUGGGGGAAGGAGCAUGUGUGUCUGAGGAGUGUCAGCUAGUGUGAGUGUGAGUGUGAGCGAAGGGGCAGGCUGUGGCCUGUAGGGGUCUCUGGGCUUGUGUGAGGCGCACAGGACUGUUCCCCCCUCAUUUUCCUCAAAACCCACAGUGAGGGGACAAGGGAGGCCCCGGGGGACAGAAGUUCCUUAUACUUCCUUUGGAAUGAAAAUUCCUCUGUCCCCCGAAUGGAGGAAGCGCACCUGCCUCCAUUGCAGUGUGCUGGGCGGAAGUAAGGGAAUGACUGCAGAUGGGGGGGCGCUGAUACAGCCUCCUGGGUCGGGGCAGGGAGAAGGCUUCGUGCCUCCAGGCAUCUUCUCUCCCCCAUCGCUGUCCUGCGCUGCAGACCAGGGCCCAGAGGACCCUGUGUUACCCACACUGGGGGUGCCUUACUCUGGGGGCUCUGCCCCCCGGCCUCUCCCUUACUUACCUAAAGCCCCUUGAGGUGUUAAGAGAGGGUCCCAAGGCUACAAAACUGGAAGCACAGGCCCCGGGGCGAGGAAGGGACCGAUGGUGCUAUCUCCAGUCCCUUCUGUCCCUCGCUGGUGGCUGUCACAGCCCUGCCUGGCGUUACUCAUCUCUGGGCUUUCUCCCCGAGUCCACCCAGGCCCCAUCGUUAACACCUUUGCAUCCUUGUUCCCUGCGGGGUGGCUGCAGGCAUGAUCGAGUCCUCUCUGCUUGUGAGUUAAGCUGGGACUAUUGAGCCCAGAUCAGAGAGCUCAGGACAUGACUGUGGGGGAACAGGUGUGGACCUUUCUGGGGGAGGCCGAGCCUUGGCCCCAGCCAGGUGAGGGUGGAUGGAGGGUUUCCUACUGGGCGAUUUGGGGGUGAGGGAGCAAUAUUGGAAACCUGGGGAGAGGCGCCGGUCCAUUCCAUUUCCUCUUGAUCUCAAAGCACAACAUGGAUUCUGGGACCAAAGGUCCGAGACACGUCGUGUUGGAGGACCUGCG